AUGAAAAUUACAAAUCAUGUUCAAAAUUUAGAUGGUAAUAAUAAAAAGAAAAUUAAAACAGAUGAGGAUGAAUUAGCAAAAGUAGAUAAUACUAGUGUUGAUAAUACAAAAAAUAAUAACAACAAUAAUAAUAAUAAUAAUAAUUGUAGCAAUAAUAACAAAAAUAAUAAUAACAAUAAAAAUAACAGUAUCAAAGUCAUCAAAGAAACAGAACCUUUUAAAUUUAUAAAAAAGAAAAAUACUCAUGAAAUUGCAACAUAUUUAUUUAAAGGUUUCAAGGCAUAUCCAAAAGGAGUUACUUCCCCAUCUAAUUUUUUUUUUAGAUUAUUAAAUAGUUUCAAAUAUAUAGAUAGUGGUUUAAUAAAUCAAAAAAUUGAUGAAUAUUUAAUUAGCAAUAACAAUAAUAAUAAAAUUUUCAAAUUAUUAUCAAUUUAUAUAUUUUCACAUUUAAAUUAUUUAGCUAGAAAAGAGAAAACAAAAAUUAAAGUUAUAAAAGAAAUUUAUAAAAAAAUAUUAACAAAAGUUAAUAAUAAGGAACAUAUUAAAUCAAUUCACUCAUUUUAUAAAAGAAUCAAUAACAAAGAUAAAUAUUAUUCAAUAAAUAGUGACAUUAGUGAUUAUUUAAAGUUUAUUGAUCAAAUGGUUGAAUUAGAAAUAAGAAGAUAUAAUAUUUAUAGUUACCAACUCCAAUACUCAACAAUAAUUCCAAUUAAAAAUGAUAUAAACACAAAAACAAUAAACUUAUUUCUAAAUCAAAUAAAUAAUAACAAUAAUAAUAACAACAACCCAUACAAUAGUAACCAAAUCAUUAAAGUUUAUGACCAAGAGGUUUUCACUUAUAAACUUAGAAACUUUUAUUUAAAACCAGAUUUAUAUUGCAACAAGAACAUAUUCAAAAGUGAUAUAGGAAACAACCCAGAAGAAUUCAAAUAUCAUAUUCCUUCUUUUAAAAACAAUGUUUUUUUCCGUCCACCUCAAAAUGGGAAUUAUUCAAUCUCGCCGUCAUUAGAAUUGUUUAAGUUAUGCUUUAGUGUUUUUAGCAGCGGUUUAUUUAAAAAUUUUGACUGGGGUGAGGAAACCGAUGAGACUAGAGUAAUAGUUUCAGGUGGCUCUGUUUCUGCAUGUCUUGAUACACUACCAAUCGAAAUUAAAAAAGAAUUUAUCCAUUAUAAAACAAUCGAAAGAUAUUUAUACAAAUCAAAAAUGCCGGUGUUGUUAGUAAGAAAAUUUAUGGAAAUGGUUUUUGAAAGCUCCCAUUUAAAAGAAUUACUUUUUAAUAGAUUCUUUAGUCAAAAUUCACCCACCCUUAAUAGCGAUGUUGAUAUAUGGUUUAUUGGGCAAGAUUUAAAUAAUGCCAAAAAGAAACUUUAUCAAGCUAUUGAAAAUAUUAAAUCAAAUUUUAGAGAAGCCAACCCCCUUUCUGAAAAUUCAUUUUUAUAUGUUCGGACACCAAAUGCAUUAACAUUCUUUGGAACUUACCCACAGAGAAAAAUUCAAUUUAUCACCAAAAUAUACAAUUCUGUUGAUCAUUUACUUUCCACAUUCGAUAUAGAUUGUGUUAGGGUGUUUUAUGAUGGUUGCAAUGUGUUUAUGCAUAGAGAAUCAAUUGACUCCUACAAUAAAAGGCAAACUACCUUAAGUCCAUUAUAUAAAACCCAAAAACCCCGAAUAACCAAAUAUUUACUCAGAGGCUUCAAUUCAUAUUUCCAAAAUAAUACUUCAUCUAAUAACCUUAGACUUCUAUAUCAAUUAACUGAUUCCCAUCCUUUUUAUGAUGAAUUCAUUGAAUUGUCAAAAGAAGGCCUUGGCUUCGCCAAAAUGAAAAAUAUUUUAUGUUCUAGGUUCGGAGUUGAAGCAGUUUCUGAUGAUCCAUAUUGUUUAUUGGGAAAUCCAGAAUUUUUAAAUGAAAUAUCAUUUAAGGAAAAAUUAGAUAUUUUACCAAAAAUUUCAAUCGAAUGUAAAGCUUGUAGAAGACUUUCAAUCGAAUGUAAAGCUUUUAGAAGACAAUUUUUUAUGAGGAAAUUUUGCUCCCGUGGAGGAGAAAGAUGUUCAGGUUUUUAUAAAUUAGCAGGCACCCAUGUGAGUGAUGUAAGAUUAAUUGCACCAUAUAGAUAUUCAUUAGUACUUGGAGGAAGAACAGGUUUAGGUUUUCAAAUUGCUUUUUAUCUUUUAGAUCUAGGUUUUACAGUAUUUAUAACAUCAAGAUUCCCAGAAAUUACAAAAAAUAAAUUUUCUCAACAACAGUUUUCCGAUCAUUUAAAGAAACUACAUAUUAUAAAAGUCGAUUUCAAUGAUACAGACCAAACUGAAAACUUUAUCAAGCAUAUCAAAACAACAAUUCCACAAUUAGAAUUUUUAUUCAAUACAAUUAAAUUUUCAAAUAAAAAUAUAAAUUAUAACUAUUCAUCAAUUUUUAAUCAAUUAAAAACACAAGAAGAAAGCAUAACAACCAAGAAUAUAAACAAUAAUAUAGAUAAUGCAGAUAAUAAUAUAAAUAUUAAAACAAAUACUAUAGAUAGUAUAAUUGAAAAUAAUAUUAAUUUUCAUAUCAAAAUAAUUAAUAAAUAUAAUUCUGAAACUGAUGAAUCAACUUCCACAACAUCAACUACCAACCAAAUGAUAAAUAAUUCAAUGGUGUUAACUAAUGAAUAUGUUAACUAUAUACAUUAUAAAUUACCAAAACUAAUAGCUGGCGAAUUAAUUUCAAUAAUUAAAAACCAAAAACAAAAUAAUGAACAUUUUUUAAGUAUAAAUUUUCAAGGAACGGGUAUCUUAAAAAAUGUUAUAUCAAAAGAAAAGAAAAUCAACUUAUAUUAA